GCAAUCCAUGGCAAACAUCCUCCUCCAUCCUUGGACCGAGAAGAAGAAUGCCGCCGGCAGAUAACAAUGUCGUUGAUGAACCUCGGACUGUGCCGCUUGCGUUCCUGAUGAGGAUGGCCCUGCGGAUCGCGAGAGCCCGGUGGUUUGGCUUCUUGAGACGUGUGUUCCGGUACCAGAACGCGUCGACGUCCGACUUAGUUUCCAACCCUUUCAAUUCCUCGCCGUGGCUAGCAGCGGAGUUCAUCGUGCUGGUGGCGCAAAUCUUCAUAGUCACCGCCACCAUGGCCGUCUCUGGAAGAGAGAACCCGGUUUGGCCUCUUAGGAUUUGGCUCGGCGGCUACAACCUAGGAAACCUCCUCAGCCUUCCUCUAAUCUACUGGCGCUACCGCCACUCGGCCCUCAGCCUCGACUCCGACGAUCUCGAGCAACUCUCGAGAACCACCAUGGAUGACUCUUCUUCCUACUUGAUGAACAAAUCGAGGACGCUCCUCGAGUUGUUCUUCGCGAUAUGGUUCGUGAUGGGCAACGUGUGGAUCUUCGACUCGCGCCACGGAUCGUUCGACAGAGCUCCCAAACUUCACGUGCUGUGCAUAGCGAUCCUCACAUGGAACGCCCUCCUCUACUCCUUCCCCUUCCUGCUCUUCGUCCUGCUCUGCUGCUGCGUGCCGCUGAUAAGCAACCGCCUAGGCUUCAACAUGAACUUGGCCUCCGCCGAUCGAGGAGCAUCGGAGGAUCAACUCUCGAAGCUGCCUCGACGGAGAUUCAAGGAAGUCAGGGAUCUUGCAAACGAGAACCAAGAGUGCUGCAUAUGUUUGGCACAGUACUGUGAGAGAGAGGAGGUGAGGCAGCUGCCGUGUCAGCAUCUGUUCCAUCUUAACUGCGUGGAUCAGUGGUUGAGGAUUAUGUCUUCGUGUCCUCUAUGCAAACAGGAGCUUGAGAAGUGAUCGCGUUCUCCAGUUUUAGCAUAUAUUUUUUGUUUUUCUUUUUAAAAAAAGGAAAUUGCAACAUCAAAGCAGAAGUAUACAACAAAAGAUCAAAAAACAAUCAAGAUUUACUGCAACUAAUGGUCGACUUGCUGCUGUAAAUAUCUGAAAUAAUUGUAAAGGAAUUCAGCAUUCUGCAAAUCUUCAACAGCUCUCCUCAUCACCGUGCAAUUUGUGCCCCCGUUGGCUUCCGUUGAUGUGCUACUUUGAUUCGGCUGGAACUGAAUAAAUGGGCUUCUGGGCCAUGCGAUUGUGUAAAA